AUGGACCAUUCCUCAUCUUCUUCCUCGUCAAUGUCCAUGGCCAUGGUCUUUGUUAACAAUCACGACACCCCUCUUUUCUCCAAUGCCUGGACGCCCUCCUCCAGCGGCACCUAUGCCGGAACCUGCAUCUUCCUUAUUAUCCUCGCCAUCAUCGGACGGUGUCUCAUCGCAUUUAAAGCCAUCCUGGAACAACGAUGGGCAGCUGUUCACUUCAACCGCCGUUAUGUCGCUGUCCAAGGAAAGUCUCCCGAAGCUGGACGUAUCGACUCUGAUCCCGACGCAAAGUCUGCUUCUUUGGUGACUCCUCAGGGCGUGGAAGAAACGGUCAAGGUGGUGCGUCGCAUAACAAAAGAACCGUUACCUUGGAGGUUCAGCGUAGACUUGCCCCGGGCAUUGAUUUACCUGUGUAUUACUGGAGUGUCUUAUUUACUGAUGUUGGCUGUCAUGACAAUGAACGUGGGAUACUUCUGCUCCGUGCUUGGAGGUACUUUUCUGGGAGAACUAGCCGUGGGUCGAUAUAUACAAUGGAGCGAGCACGACCAUUGA